GAGCUCGACUCGACGCGAUUUGCCAGCCUGCAGGUUGAGAACACGGUUGUAAUGAGGCGGGUGGCCAACGUCACUCGACUUCCUCCUCGAAACAACGGACACCGUCACAGCCAAUGAUUGUUUCAACCAGCCGUUCAAGAUGUGGAUUCUACCUCUAGUCGGCAUACUUGGCUCCAUCGUGGGCUUCUGCUUCCUGACGCUGGCCAUCGCGUCGGGACUAUACUACCUGUCCGAGCUCGUCGAGGAACACACCGUCAUAUCUAAACGCCUCCUGACACAGCUGAUCUACGGAAUCAUCGGGCUCCAAUUACUGCUAUGCGUCGUGGACAGAUUCCCCUUCUGGUUGACGCUGUUUGGGGUCGUCUCCCAUGUUGUCUAUCUGGGUAACAUGCGGAGGUUCCCCUUCGUCACCCUGACGGACCCUUUGUUUCUCACCUCCUGCGUUCUCGUCCUCAUCAAUCACUUCGUCUGGUACAAGCACUUCUCUUCCCGGCAAAAGGACGCAUAUCAAAACAUGACCUCGUACUACGAAACACCCGACAACAUGCCCACAUUCACCGAGAUCGCCUCUUACUUCGGCAUCUGUGUGUGGCUCGUUCCCUUUGCGCUCUUCGUCAGCUUGAGCGCCAGCGACAAUGUCCUUCCUUUCGAGAACCCGGCCGCGGCAGCAAGUGGCGAUGGUAGCAAGAGAAAGGCACAGGGCAUGGCAAAAGCCCUCGUAGAUGGCGUACGCAAUGGGCUGAGCCGGGCGGGGGCCGUGGCCGGCUACAAGAAAUCAGACGACGGGUUCUGACGCUCAGGAACUAUCGGCCCCAUCCUACCUCUUCUGCAAUACACUUCAUUGCCCGGCAGCUGGUUCCUGGCCUCAGCGGCAGGUAAAAUGAUACCCUCUUGUCAUCAAUACAAUUGAGCGUUCCAUGAUUACCCACGUAACCUUCUCCACCCUCCUCGCGUGCAUAUUUCAUCGAACCUCGGCCCUUGACGUCUUUCCGUAGGCUCACAGAGCGGAGACGCGUCGGCCUUGUCUGCUGUGUGAUCCCGGCGCUGCUCUUGCCAGUCAGUAGUAUCGAUUGAACAGGCAGAGCUGAAGAGCCCGUGGUAUAAACUUCUUCUCAGCCGAGCAAUGCCGAUUCGUAUCCCAACCAAGAAUGACCUUGAUCUCCUCGCUGGUACACCACUCAGCAUCCUCAUUUGCGCUCGCAGUGUGACCGACCUGGGAUAUUACCAUUGUCUCUUGAUCACGGACAUCUCUAAGGAGACUCUUGGGAUGUUUAGUUCGACAUGCCGCCGGGUCAAGAUGCAGGCAAUCGCUCCGAACGCAUCUCGACAUCAGGCAGCCAUGCGGGCUUGGAACACCAGUCUUUCCUGUGCCCGAGCGGAUGAUGAAUGGAUUCUUGACCUCAUGCAGAAUCGAUCAGCAGGCAUUGCGCUUAGUGCAGUCUUGACUAGGACUCAUCUAACCUUCUGCAUCGCGGCGAUGUGAAGCAGGCGAUUUCAGUGUGUUAAUGGACUAAACAUAAUCAGAGGUCCGAACAAUCCGGCCCAAGAAUCCCAAGUCUGGGAGCAUCGAGGGCUUUAACCUACGAAACCCGCACUCCUUCUUGGGACCUGCGCUUUCCACGGUCUGCAUGGGAAGUUUAGGCGAAGCAAGCUCUCGGAAGUGGGCGGCAACUCGCAUCAUCGCAUUGCGAACAAUCACCGUCGUGGCUACACGUAAAUGGCCUCGGUCUUAGUAGCAUGAAGCUACGGCGAGCAAGACCAAUGAGGAAACCUAUUGGGUGGUGGCUCGAAAACAAGCUUAUCGGCCACCUGCAGGAUCUCUGCUACAACUCUCGUGCCGGCAUACGCGUUUGACAGCGUGGUAGGGCCACGGCGAAUCUGCAUCAGCGGAGAAGCUGUUCCCACCUACACCGCUCCUUACCUGCUUAGCGAAUCGGCGGUUCUACGAAGCCGACAGAGUUCAUGCACUCACCAGUCGCGGUGAGACGUUGCCAUCCACUAGCAACAACCUCAUAAAUGCUCGCAGCACCCAUUGCCGGCUCCGAGCUCGCUUGGCACUUCACUUUACAUGUGCGUCCAAUUGGUCGGCAGAGAUGCCCUGAACAACCACUGCUUUCCAGUUCGGAACACGUUAUUAACAAGUGCGGGUGAUGCACACCAUUCAUUCUCCUGGCGACUCGAAAAUGACGAAUGUGUGUGUAUUGCCGGCGCUUAACUAGCUCUGAGCUGUGACACGUUUGUUACCCACACUGCCUCCAAAGCUAGAUUCUGACAAUGGCAUUGCCAAUUUGUCGACAGUCAUCUGCAUUAUUAUCAAUCAUAUGCAUGGUCUAGACCUCGCCAGCAAACUACUGCAACCUCAAGAGGGUGUCUUCCGGCAAUGCUACGUACCUGCAGACAAGGGACGGCACGGCGCACCCCAACGAUCCGUGCAUAUUUGAGACUCACCAUACCGCUUCAAUCGAGCAAUAUUUUGGACUUUGACGUCGCUUUCCUUGGCAUUUUUUGCCAACUGCCCGAACUUGCCCAUGAUUCAUCAAAACUCCCUGGACCCAGCGAAUAAGCGCGCGAAGAGAUCAGUUCCACUGAUUUGUACGGAGCAGGACAAGAGUUGUACAUAUGCCUGCCAGCUCGAAUCAUAUGCCCGUGCAGCAAUGAUUGCACGUGCCCUCCACAUUGAGACCCGGCUCGUGUCUUGAGAGCAUGGCCAUGGUGCUAUGGUAGAGGUGUUGUACGAGUGGACGUUUAAGGCUUCCUGUUCGUCUCGUAGGCUAUAUGGGGACCUGCCAGUCCCAAACGUCUGCUCCAUUGCGUCAAGCCGCUUGGCUAUUGACUUUGAUCGAGGAGGCGACGUCGUCUACUUGGCAGACUGUCGAGUUCACCUUGUCUGGCUGAUUGUCACCAGCAGUAGUGGGGCCUUGGUCACGAGCAGCGAGUGGCCAUUUCUAUCUACUUCACUAGGCGACGGGCCUUUGAACGAUCACCAAGGAAUGCGGCAAGCCGAAGGAAGGAGAACAGCAUCGGACUGAGGCAACUGGGCCCGUCACGCAGACGUCGGGCUAUUUCGUGAGCUGCUCUGAAAGGUCCCAGUGUCUUGUGCCACUCAGAGCAUACAAUGAUCCAAUUAAUUUACGUGCUCUUGCCGCAUGAGCCCGAUUGUAGCCGCAGUCGAGGUCCGAUCGCACCCACAUCCGGCAAUCAGCAGUGGAGCGAGCAGACUUCAUGUUGUGUCUCCAUCUGGCAGGAAAUAGAUCUUGCUCAAAUGGGCGAGCCCUCCUCUGCUGAUGCAUCUAGCUACCAAAUGCUGUUGCAUGGGCCCUAGUUUAUGAUGAUAAGAAGUCCAAAUAUCGACGGUUCGACUUUGGCCAGCACCUGCUAAUCGUCCCUAGUCCGCGAAGAAAGGGCCUUUCUGGAUAUCAUUGAGCCAACGGUCGCACGCUACACGGCUGGCUGCUGCCCUGAAAUGAUGCUGG